ACAAGGGCCCACAGAGAGCGGCACCAGCGCCAGACAAAACAAAGCUGAAACCAGUAAUAAAAUAACAACGCAGUGGAUAGGAAUUGGAUUGCACGUGAAUAAAACAUGGCAAAGAUUUUUCGCGGGCAAAUUGUACACACCAGAGCAUUGAAUGAGUUCGAAGUCUUCACAAAUGGGUUUGUUGCAAUUGACACAAAUGGAAAGAUCAUCAGUUGCGGCAGCGACACUGAAUAUGAAUCAUGGAAUAAAACGCAGAACAUCAACGAUUUCGAGAUAAUUUAUCUCACUCCAGAUCAAUUUCUAAUGCCUGGUUUUGUUGACUGCCACAUCCAUGCACCACAAUGUGCUCAAAUAGGUCUCGGAUUGGAUAUGCCAUUGUUGGAAUGGCUAAAUACUUAUACUUUUCCAUUGGAGGCGAAAUUCGCUGACCAAGAAUUUGCCCGCAAAGUCUACAAUCAAGUUGUGAAAACAACAUUACGCUGUGGUACUACUUUGGCUUCAUAUUUUGGAACAAAUCACAAAGACAGCACUCUCAUUUUGGCCAAGGAAGCCUUACAACUUGGUCAACGAGCUUUAAUAGGAAAAGUUUGUUCGGACUGUAAUAUUCCAGAUUUCUACAGAGAAACUUGCGAAGAGUCAAUCAAAGCGACUGAAGCGUAUAUUAGCGAUUUUAAGUCGUUGAAAACAAAAUUAGUUCAACCAAUUAUAACUCCACGGUUUGCAGUAAGCUGUGAUAAAGAUCUUCUGUCAGGAUUAGGAAACAUUGCAAAUAAGCAUGAUUUACACAUUCAAACCCAUAUCAGUGAAAGUAUUGCUGAAAUUGAAUUUGUACAUGAAAUUUUCUCAAAGAGCUACGCUCAAGUCUACGAUGAUGCGAAAUUGCUCACGAAAAAGACAGUUUUAGCCCAUGCAGUUCAUCUAGAAGACGAUGAAAUCAAGCUCAUCAGUUCGCGGGGUUCGUCUGUAGCACAUUGUCCUGCCUCAAAUACCAUGUUGUCAUCUGGUCUAUGUGAUAUAUUUAGACUUUUAAAUCAAGGAAUCAAAGUUGGUCUUGGCACUGAUGUCUCCGGUGGAAAUUCAAUGUCAAUUCAAGAUGCAAUACUACGAGCCAUGGAUGUUUCUCAUCAUCUUGAGUUUGUCAAAAAACAACACAUCAAGGGAUGUGAAAAUACAAAACCCUCAUCGUCAGUUGAAUAUAAACCACUUGAUUAUAAACAAGCUAUAUAUCUUGCAACUCUCGGUGGAGCACAAGCUUUGGCUUUGGAUCAUGUAACCGGAAAUUUUGUAACUGGAAAAGAAUUCGAUGCAUUGCUAAUCGACACAAGCAAAUAUCCUUUACACAAUUUCGAUUCAUAUAAAACAUGGAACCAGGAUAAAUCUGAAGAAAUUAAACUUUUAGAAUUAGUACAGAAAUUUAUUUAUGUUGGCGAUGAGCGAAAUAUUGUCAAGGUUUUUGUUGCCGGUGUUCAAGUUAAAGUUUAAAAAAAUAUAUUUAAAUGUCAUUACUUUUUCAAUCGAAUAAAAUAAAUAUGAAAGACUUUGUAAGUAUUA